AUGAUGGUUUUUGCAAUAUCAAAGCCUAUGUUAUUUCUCACCAUUAUUAUCCAAUUUAUUGCUACGGUUCUCCUAUCGUUUCUCCUAUUAGGAUGUAUAAACACAAGCUCAAACUAUUCAAGCGUCUACUUGUUUCAAUACAAAUACAAUUCCAGCUCCACAUUGUAUAAGAAUCUUUCCCCCUCCCUCUCCACCAACAUCACAGCAACAACAUCGGCUUCAAACUCAACUUUAUUGUCUGAUGUUCACGUGAGUAUCGGCUAUUUGGCAGCUUGUAUAGACAUUGCAACUCAAAAGACGUGCACCUACUAUUCCCAAAUUCAAAAUAUCCCCCAGUUUUCAAUUUCAUUCGAUGGUGUCAAUUUCAAUUUGUUAAACAUAGCCACUUCAUUCAAUGAAAUCUGUCAUCCUCAUCUUCUCAUGGCCACAAUUAUUUUGACACUUGUAUGUCUCAUUAUCUUAUGCUAUAUGAUCCUUCCCUUGCCAUUCAGGCCAUAUAUGGAAAAAUUCGGUGCAUUGUUAAGUUUCAUCAAUCUUUUGCUCUGGGGGUUAGGAGCUAUGCUACAAUUACAAUCGGUAAAGACUUCAGACAAAAUGGUUCAACAGCUGAGUUUUGAUCUUAUUUCUGGUGUUAGUGGCUCUAGAGCAGAAAUUAUGACUUGGAUUAGCUUUGCAUUUAAUUUUAUUGUUUUUGCAAGCUUGUUAUUAAUGAAUUGGCAAAGAUUUCGCACAAAUAGAGAUCUUAUUAAUGAGGAUGCUAAUAUUGUUUCUCAAACGUACCUUAAUGAAAAAGUAUAG